AGUGAGGUCAUCAGGGAGAGAGUGCAGCAGCGCAGUGUCCAGCUCUCCUGGCAGGAGCCUGAGCAGCCCAACGGAGUCAUCACCGAAUAUGAGAUUAAGUACUACGAAAAAGUGAGUGUGUUUGAGAGAGAGUGUGUGUGUUGCCUGUGUGUGUGUGUGUGUGUGUGUGUGUGUGUGUAUGUCUCUGUGAUUUUGUUACAGCUUUGAACACAGACAACUCUGGCUCUCCCAAACCCUACCCACCCCCCACCCCCAUCUCUCUCCUCUCCUUUUUAGUUUCAUUUUGCCUACCCUUCAUUUCAUAUUCUAUCUGCAUGCCGUGGCGAGUGGGAUCGGUAGGAUUCUGCGAGGACAUCCUUUGUCCCAUAAUUGCAAUAAUGAAUGAGACGCUCAUAAGAUUUUAAUCAGUCCCUGGUCCUUCACAGCCACCCACACACACACGCCAGGCAGCACCCACCUUAUCGUGCUACUCUGCCAUCAUUGACAAUCUGUUUCUGUAUCUUCCCUCUCUCCUUUCCCCCCUUCACCCCCUCAUAUAUAAUAUAACCUCAGCUCCCGUGUCUCCUAAGUCUGAACAGAUGAGCAAGGUAGCGAGGGGGUUGAGGAGGUUGAGGAGAGUGGGUUUAACACAACAAAUCAAAGGGCUAGAUUCCAUGGCUCCUGAUGUUCGAGGUCCUGUUGGCCACGGCCUCUCAGGCUGCCAGGAUUCAGUCUCCUGUGUCACGUACUGUGGCUGUAGUCUGCCCAUCUGUAAAAUUGGAAGCAAGCAUGACUUCACUCCUAACAGGCUUUGGCAUUCCAUUUGGUUUUUUUGCCGAGAAAAUCAUUUACAGAUCAACAACAAAAGACACAGUACACGCAGUCUGUAAAUUCCAAACGGAUUCUGAGCCUGGCAUUGCAGAGCUUUUUUUCUGCCAAUGGCUUUUGAGAUCACGAGUCUACACAGAGAGAAUCAUUCUUUAACCCCAGAUAGGGUUAAAUAGUUCAUUAAUAAAUCUUCUGAAAUAUAUAUCAUAUAUAAACACCAGACAAACUGAGGCAUUCAAACAUUUACAGACACAUUCUGACUGUAUCUUGGUGUCUUGAUUGAGUCAAUUCAUACAUCAUCUAGACACACUGGUGUCUAUGGUUACAAAAUGACAAGAUGAUCAUAACACAAAGUCUGUUUGUUACUCUCUAUAGGACCAGAAGGAUCGGAUCUACUCCACAGUGAAGUCCAGAUCCACGUCAGCCACAGUGAACAAUCUGAAGCCCAGCACUGCCUACGUGUUCCAGAUCCGAGCCUUCACCACGGCCGGCUACGGCACCUACGGACCCCGGCUGGAGGUCACUACCAAGGAGGAGGCCUCAGGUACCAGCAGAACACAUGCACAGGCGUGUACACACACACGCAUGCAGACACACACACACACGCAUACACACUAGAGAUGAUUAGUGUGUAGACCUUCAUCAAAAUGCCACUAAUCUCAUAGCUCCAUUUAUCCCAUUAAGAAAUAUAGUUGAGUAUCGUCCACAAGGAGCAGUAGGUCCCAAUUAAAGUGGCAGGGCUCAGAAAUCAUUUCUCUCCUCUCUCUCUCUGGUGUUUAUGUAGCAACUGAACUCACUUGAUUUAAAAUGCAGGAAUUCUCCCAGUCAUACACCAUGUGCACUGACAGCCUAAAGUGCCAUAGCACCCAUUCUUUUGAGCAAUUGGUGGUUUGUCAAUGCAAAAAGUCUUAACAGUGUAAGCAGCAUCUGAAUGGGAGACAAUCCAACCCGAAUGUGUCAUUGUUUCAGAAGAAGGGCACCAGCAUUACCAUCAGGGACCGUUAAGCCCACUUUCUGAAACAGUGGAGCCGUGCAUGCAGAGGGACCAGAAAUAGAACUAGCCCUCCUUGUCUCUCUUGUAAAGGGUGAGAAGGGGGUUAUCAGGCUCCCCGCUCGCUACUCAUUGGUUCUAUUAUGUCCUGUAGAUUCCAACGCCUGAUGUGCUGAAAGUUCACACUGUGUGCCCUUUGUCUGUGUGUGUUUGUUUGUGUGUGUGUGUGUGUGUGUGUGUGCGUGCGUGCGUGCGUGUGUGUCCCUCUCCAAGCAUCCACCAUUGUCUCCAGCGAGCAGAACCCCGUCAUCAUCAUCGCGGUGGUGGCAGUGGCGGGAACCAUCAUCCUGGUCUUCAUGGUGUUUGGCUUCAUCAUUGGGAGAAGGUACGCUCUCGCGGGCCCCAUUGACUCUCCACUGCUGUGAGUCUCUGCUUGUCAGUUAGCCUUUCUGUCACUCACAGGCCUCCAUAGCCGUGGAGUCAGUCCACCACACACCACAGGCACCCAUCAUCUGUGGCAUGCUGUGCUAAUGGAUUGUGAUGCAUCAUUUUCCAGUCCUCACACUGUGAAGAACAACUGACUUGGUUUUUAGCAUGUUUAUUUUUUAUUUUUUGUAAUGGAUCCAUUAUAGAGACAAAAGUACUCUAAAAUGAAAGCUUUUGUCUCCUCUUUGUGUGUGUGUGUCUUUGUGAGUGUGUGUCUUUGUGAGUGUGUGUCUUUGUGUGUGUGUGUCUUUGUGAGUGUGUGUCUUUGUGAGUGUGUGUCUUUGUGAGUGUGGACGUGUUUAACUAUACUUGUGGGGACCAGAAAUAUUUACAGAAAUAUUUGACCAACUGGGGACAUUUUGUUGGUCCCCACAAGGUCAAAUGCUAUUUCUAGGGGGUUUAGGGUUAAGGUUAGAAUUAGUGUUAGGGUUAGGAGAUAGGGUUAGUUUUAGGGUUAGGGUUAAUGUUAGGUUUUUGGGUUAAGGUUAGGGUUAGGGUUAAGGUUAGGGUUAGGGUUAGGGUUAGGGUAAGGGUACGGGUUAGGGUUAUGUUUAGGGUUAGGGGUUAGGGAAAAUAGGAUUUUGAAUGGGACUGAAUUGUAUGUCCCCACAAGGUUAGCUGCGCAAGACUGUGUGUGUGAGCGUGUGUAUGUCCGUGCCUGCGUGUGUGUGUAUGUCCGUGCCUGCGUGUGUGUGUGUGUAUGUCCGUGCCUGCGUGUGUGUGUAUGUCCGUGCCUGUGUGUGUGUGUAUGUCCGUGCCUGCGUGUGUGUGUAUGUCCGUGCCUGCGUGUGUGUGUAUGUCCGUGCCUGCGUGUGUGUGUAUGUCCGUGCCUGCGUGUGUGUGUGUAUGUCCGUGCCUGUGUGUGUGUGUAUGUCCGUGCCUGCGUGUGUGUGUAUGUCCGUGCCUGCGUGUGUGUGUGUAUGUCCGUGCCUGUGUGUGUGUGUAUGUCCGUGCCUGCGUGUGUGUGUAUGUCCGUGCCUGCGUGUGUGUGUGUAUGUCCGUGCGUGUAUGUGUGUGUUACAUCAUUGGUGUUAAACAGUAAUACACUCAUAACACUGCCUCUAGCCGUCUCAUCCCAGAUCAACCCUCCAGUGUGUCAGUCACCAUCCCUGCUCUCUUCCAGUUGUACUUCAUUUCUAUGUGGAUAGCAUUUCAUCACAGCAUGCCUUACAUGGGGGUAGAGCCAUAUACACAUGUGAUUUCUAUAUCCAUUUGACAUUAACCUGCAUGUCAAUCAUCUGUUAAUUGAUGUUUCCACGCCAUCAUCAGUUCAGUUUGUUAGCAAACCAUAUUGUACAGUGCCAUAGAACAACCAUGUACAAUGAAUUACCUGCCCGAGGGGGCAUUCAAUACAUGAAUGUUACACAUUAAUAUAACAAGGAAUGCUAAACAGUCUUUUACAGAGUAUAUAUAUGUAAUACCAGAGGUGGGCACUUUAGUUCAACAUCAGCAGCCAAACAGUGUUCCCAUGUCUCUCAGCUGUAUCUGUACCUGCAGCAUUAUGGCGCUUCAUUAAGAUUCUAGUAAAACAGACAGUCUUCUGCCUCGGCCCAAUCAGUUGAUUGUGUGUUCCUCCGCCUCUUUCCCUGUCAGGCACUGUGGCUACAGCAAGGCAGACCAGGAAGGAGACGAGGAGCUGUAUUUCCAAUGUGAGUCCCUUCUUUCCCCAUCAGCUCACACACACAUUGAAACAUCUCACUUACAGCAUGCGCCUGCCCGACACCUCACAGGAAGUUGGUCCAACAACAAGGCCCCCACGCCGUAAUGUACUAUCCUUGUUUCAUUUGACAUAUACAGCUGUGGAAAGAAUUAAGAGACCACUGCACAUUUUUCUUAAAUCAGCAUCUCUACAUGUAUGACAGCCAUUCCAUUCCAGUAUCUGUUGAAUUCCAACACAGGCACACCUCAUUCUACUGAAUUAGGUACUGAUUAGGUGAUCACCUGAACCAAAUCUUAUUUAACGAGGAAAAGUAUAAAAACCACUGCUUUGGUCAUCACUAUCCUCUUGCAAUAGGACCAGCUGGAUGGCAAAAACAGUGCUAAUAAUACCACAAAAGUAAUAUUAAUAAAAAAAUAACUAUUGACAUGCCAAAAGAGUUGAAAAAUAAAGUUUUGAGUGAGGAAAGGAAGGGUUCCAUUCUGGCUUUACUGGCAGAGGGAUACAGUGAGCGUCAGGUUGCUUCCAUCCUUCAAAUUUCAAAGACGGCGGUUCAUAAGAACAAGGUCAAGCAGCAGACAUUGGGGACAACAAAGCUACAGACCGGCAGAGGGCGAAAACGACUCUCUACUGAUCGGGAUGACCGCCAACUCAUUCGAAUGUCACUCAACAACCGUAGGAUGACAUCAAGUGACCUACAAAAAGAAUGGCAAACGGCAGCUGGGGUGAAGUGCACGGCGAGGACGGUUCGAAACAGGCUCCUAGGGGCAGGGCUGAAGUUGUGCAAAGCUAGAAAAACCCCUUCAUCAAUGAGAAGCAAAGAAGAGCCAGGCUGAGGUUUGCAAAAUACCAUAAGGAUUGGACCGUAGAGGACUGGAGUAAGGUCAUCUUCUCUGAUGAGUCCAAUUUUCAGCUUUGCCCAACACCUGGUCGUCUAAUGGUUAGACGGAGACCUGGAGAGGCCAACAAGCCACAGUGUCUCGCACCCACUGUGAAAUUUGGUGGAGGAUCGGUGAUGAUCUGGGGGUGCUUCAGCAAGGCUGGAAUCGGGCACAUUUGUCUUUGUGAAGGACGCAUGAUUCAAGCCACGUACAAGGUUGUCCUGGAAGAAAACUUGCUUCCUUUUGCUCUGACAUUGUUCCCCAACUCUGAGGAUUGGUUUUUCCAGCAGGACAAUGCGCCAUGCCACACAGUCAGGUCAAUAAAGGUGUGGAUGGAGGACCACCAGAUGAAGACCCUCUCAUGGCCAGCCCAAUCUCCAGACCUGAACCCCAUUGAAAACUUCUGGAAUGUGAUCAAGAGGAAGAUGGAUGGUCACAGGACAUCAAACAAAGCCGAGCUGCUUGAAUUUUUGCGCCAGGAGUGGCAUAAAGUCACCCAACAUCAAUGUGAAAGACUGGUGGAGAGCAUGCCAAGAUGCAUGAAAGCUGUGAUUGAAAAUCAGGGUUAUUCCACCAAAUAUUGAUUUCUGAACUCUUCCUAAGUUAAAACAUUAGUAUUGUGUUGUUUAAAAAUGAACAUGAACUUAUUUUCUUUGCAUUAUUCGAGGUCUGACAACACUGCAUCUUUUUUGUUAAUUUGACCAGUUGUCAUUUUCUGCAAAUAAAUGCUCUAAAUGACAAUUUUUGGGGGCGAAUUUGGGAGAAUGUUGUCAGUAGUUUAUAGAAUAAAACAAAAAUGUUAUUUUUACCCAAACACAUACCUAUAAAUAGUAAAACCAGAGAAACUGAUAAUUUUGCAGUGGUCUCUUAAUUUUUCCACAGAUUUUUUUAUGAAAGCUGGGAACAAUCACACUAGCAUCUGGUUGGUAUUUGAUGGACAAAUCUAUUGAGAUGAGGACAUGAGGCCUAGCUCCAAACUGCAAACACAUGAAUAUGAGCAUUGUCAGAGAAUGGGAUCCAGGGCAGAGCUGAAAGAGAGAAUUCCUCAUAAAAAAUGUAAAGACCCAACUUUUCAACCACUUUGGUAAGAUAGGAGGAUGCUGUUGACCUCCUGGUGGUGCUCGGAGUAGAGAUUUAGAGAUGUACACACACAUUUACUCUAUCCCAAGGUUCCUCUUCUAGGCUCCUUUAACCUAUACACACACACACACACUGACACACACCACCCUGUCCUAAUGAUGCCCCUGGAGAUGCAGCCGCAGACAUCUUCCCAAGCGAAGCCGUAAUGAUCUGCUGCUGUAGGCAAACUGCUGAUUGUGAAACAAAGGGUCAGAGUGUCACAUGGCCACAGCGGUAGAAAGACGGCUGUGCUGGCAUUUCGUGAUCCUCAGCUGAUAAGUAUCUGACAGAUCAAGCUGCAGGAAGGCACAGGUCCUUCUGCUAAAAACACUGGGAGAUGGAAACGCAAACAAGAGCGCCUAAUAGAGGGACUGCCAGGGCGACAGAAGCCAGAUAGUGUGUGAAUUCAACAUGUAGGCCCAAUGUAGGCCCGUGAUAAGACGUCUCCCUAUCAGAUCCGGUGACAGCUUGGAUGGACAAAGCAAUUAUAGGAUGGAUUGGAGGGAAAUAUCAGCUGCCGUCGCUGGAGCUCCUCGCUGGAACGCAAUGCAUUUGUGUAUAUGUUACUGGAUAGGCCAACAUGGCUUUCCAGGACGUAUGCAGAGGAUAUUACAAAAAAAAGUAUUUCUGUUUGUCAUUAUUGAGCCUGGAGCUGAUUAGUAAUUUAAUGAUGGUGUUUUGGUGUGUCUGUUUGUUAUAGUCUUCCACUAUGUGCAUCUCAUUAAAUAGCUUGUGGUAUUGAAGUUGGCAGGUUAUGUUGUAAUUAGGGAGAAUUUGAUAUGAAGAAAUUAGGUCAGUGGAACACACUCAUCUACUAGAACCGUGUAAUUUAUUAGUGUGGUGUUACGUACAUGGGAAGAACUACACCGCUUCUUUCUCAGUCAGUGGCUUUUUUUUACCCUACAGAUGUAGGAUCUUAAUUUGAACCAGUUUGCUACAGCAGGAAAAUAAUCCUGUAGCAACAGGAAAUGUGAAUUAUUAUGUGGAUUAUAAUUAAUGUAAUUAUUUAUAAUCCACAUUUUUCGUUAGGGCAAAUCAAGUUGAAAUAUAGUUGAAAUUACAAACUUUAGAAGCCUUUUUAAACUUCAAAUACACUACACGUUUCCAUUUCUCAGCAAAUUGUGAUUGAUCAAAUUAAGAUCCUACAUCUGUAUGUUUGCAUGAAUAUGUAUGAACCUUUCCAGUAUCAUUGCGUUAAAAUCGUAAUAUUGUACUAGUUGUGAUAGAACUACAGUCACCAUUAUCUGCGCAGCAAAAUUCAGAAGGUUAUCAAGUCAAAGACCAUAAGAAAAUAACUGUCUUCUAUGACUCGUAUUACAUUAUAUCAGGGCUUGCCUUACCAGACUUUUAAAUUCACUGGCAGAGCUUGACAGACUUAGCUAACUCAAAGCCCUGCUCAGUAUAGCAUACAACUUUAGCAGUAAAUCCCAUUCCGGGCUGCUGAAAUCCUUGUCGCUCCUUUGUGAGGAGGUUAGGAAGAAAAUAUAAUCAUGUUUUCAUUUCUAUUGGAGGAAAAGGAAAAAGGAGUAAGAUAAAAUAAUAAAUGGCUGGUUUAGGGUGUUUGUAGAAAUACCUUUUGACACAGAUGCUUUCCAUCAGCUGGGUGUUUAGCAAUUCCUUCUGAAUGGUUGCCCUUGGUAAUGGUGUGCCUGUCAAGCGCCUGGCCAGCCUGGCGCUCUGUAUGCAUAUUUAAUCGUAACAGUAAUCCCCUUACCUUUCUACAGUUAAAUUUCCAGGCACCAAAACAUACAUUGACCCUGAAACCUACGAGGACCCGAACAGGGCUGUCCAUCAAUUUGCCAAGGAGCUGGAGGCGUCGUGCAUUAAGAUUGAGCGAGUUAUUGGAGCAGGUGAGUCUGGCUGGUGUCUCCCAGCUCUCUCUGUUUAGUUACGUGUACUCAUAUAUCAUAAUGACAGCCACAUAUUUACACCUUGACGGUUGACACGGUUUAUUCUUACCGUAUAUAUUGAUGGCGCAAUUGCAAAAGGGGGGAAAAGUUCAUGUGUGGCCCUGCAUCUUUUUAAAAUGCAAGACAAUAGCUAAGCUGCUCACAGCUGAUAAAUUGCUGCCACAUCAGUUUUAGAGAUGAGGUCAAUGAGAGUAUCUAUAUAUCCACAGCUUGUCUUAUUACGUGUCUCUGGUACACUCCCCAGUGCAUAACAAGAUGUCCUACUCCAAUUUGUAUUUUCCCACAGCACAGCUUUUUUAAUCUGAAAACACACUAAGUAUUUUGUCAAAACAUGAAAUGCUAGUUUUUCUUAAGGGUCAUGACUCAUGACUGGUUAUGUAUCUGUCUGUCUCACAGGAGAGUUUGGGGAGGUGUGUAGUGGACGGAUGAAGCUCCCAGGGAAACGGGACACGUCAGUGGCCAUUAAAACCUUGAAGGUGGGCUACUCAGAGAAACAGAGGAGAGACUUCCUGUGUGAGGCCAGCAUUAUGGGCCAGUUUGACCAUCCCAAUGUUGUCCAUCUGGAGGGAGUGGUGACCAGAGGUAAGGACUGCAUUCUUCCACACGCACACUUGCACACACACACACACGCACGCAUGCACGCACACACACACACUCGACUGAAGCAAGAAAUUAGAGCAAGUGCACUCGAAGACCAUGCUUUAAGGUCACAUAAUAUGUCAAUAGAUUUCAUUUCAAGUCUUAAAUUGCUACAAAGAGUCAUUAUAAACUGAGUGUACAAAACAUUAGGAACUCUUUCCAUGACAUAGACCGACCAGGUGAAUCCAGGUGAAACCUAUGAUCCCUUAUUGAUAUCACCUGUUAAAUCCACUUCAAUCAGUGUAGAUGAAGGGGAGGAGACAGGUUAAAGAAGGAUUUUUAAGCCUUGAGACAAAUGAGACAUGGAUUGUGCAUGUAUGCCAUUCAGAGAGUGAAUGAGAAAGACAAAACAUUUAAGUGCCUUUGAACAGGGUAUGGUAGUAGGUGCCAAGCGCACAGGUUUGUGUCAAGAGCUGCAACACUGCUGGGUUUUUCACACUCAACAGUUUCCCGUGUGUAUCAAAAAUGGUCCACCACCCAAAGGACAUCCUGCCAACUUGCCACAACCGUGGGAAGCAUUGGAGGCAAUAUGGGCCAGCAUCCCUGUGGAACGCUUUCGACACCAUGCCCCGACUAAUUGAGGCUGUUCUGAGGGUAAAAGGGGGUGCAACUAAAUAUUAGGGUGGUUUAACUAAUGUUUUGUGCAUUUAGUAAAUAACGUGAAUGUGUGAAAAGGUUAAGUUGCCAGACGAACUGUGAGAGGAAGACCUGAGAGGAACAUUGUACAAUAUAUUUAGCUAGCUAUACAAUGUGAAAGUGCUGCAGUCAAAAGGAAUGACAUUGAGAAGUAUCUGAUUGAAUUAGCCUUGCUCCCUGUUUUACAUUUUCUCAUUUAGACAGCCUAAUAUAAGGGGCAGAUGUUAACACUUAAUUACAAACAAACGGCUCAAAAUAACACUGAGGCGGAAGUGUAUUUUUAGCAGGCCGUCAUUAAUAAACACUUGUAAGCCAUAUUUAUGAGUCAAUUAACGGAAUGUGUCAUCCUUGUUUUCAGGAAAACCGGUGAUGAUUGUGAUUGAAUAUAUGGAAAACGGCUCAUUAGAUGCUUUCCUCAGGGUGAGAACCUUUCAAUGCAUUCAAAUGGUAGUAGGUAAAUAGCCUCCCUACCCCUGUAGAUAGCCUCCCUAGUGGUAUUUUAUUUUUCUGCUACUCUUUAACUAUUUGUUAUUUGUUAUUUUUUACUUAUCUAUUUUUUACUUAAUACUUAUUUUUCUUAAAACUGCAUUGUUGGUUAAGGGCUUGUAAGUAAGCAUUUCACUGUAAGGUUGUAUUCGGCGCAUGUGACAAAUACUAUUUGAUUUUAUUUUAUUUGAAAUGGCAACUCCCUAACCAGUUAUACAUGUAUAAUACAGUAUGUUCACAAUAAGAGCUUCUUAUUCUAUGAAUAAAAGUGCUGCAAUACCUUUGUGACCUGGAUCUCAGUGGAUCUUGAUUAGCUGUCGGUUGUCCUCUGUUGUGUACAGAAACACGAUGGUCAGUUCACAGUGAUCCAGUUAGUGGGGAUGCUGCGGGGCAUAGCAGCAGGGAUGAGAUAUCUCUCUGACAUGGGAUAUGUCCAUCGAGAUCUGGCCGCACGAAACAUCCUUGUCAACAGCAAUCUCGUAUGUAAAGUGUCUGACUUCGGCCUGUCAAGAGUGAUCGACGACGAUCCUGAGGCUGUCUACACAACAACGGUGAGUUAAUUAAGCCAGCCCCGUAUUGCUUUCUUCCCUUCCUAGACACCUUGCACUCUCUCUGAAUACUCAAAUCCAGCCAACAGCCAAUGCAUGAAAGUUUAGUAUAAAAUAUGGAUGCAUGCCCAUGCACGCCUGUGAUAGCUAGCUAUUCAAUAUGCAAAGCAUGCAGUCUCUUUGGUAGAGUUUUUGCUUUGAAAGUUUUGAAGUUUUGCUGACCCUGUGUGCAAAGUUGUAACUCUAUUUUAAUUGAUGUUUUAGGGGAAGAUGCAGGAUAUAAUGAAUUUGAUCUUUACUCCAGCCACUGACCUGCAUUUUACUGAACAGGGCGGAAAGAUACCUGUUCGAUGGACAGCAAUGGAAGGCAUCCAGUACCGUAAAUUCACUUCCGCUAGUGAUGUGUGGAGUUAUGGCAUUGUCAUGUGGGAGGUCAUGUCCUAUGGGGAACGGCCUUACUGGGACAUGUCCAAUCAAGAUGUGAGUUGCUCUCUAACAUGAAGUCAAUUAUACACCAAAUGUCAUGUCAGAUUUCGCAUGUAGCUCAGGGACUAGCUACCAGAUUGCCCAGGGGUUAACAGAAUUAACAGAAUUCUAAUAAAUUAUUUAAACAUGGGCCACAAUUACUACUCAGAGUUGAAUGAGGUGAAUUGUUAGGUUGUAAUUCAUUCCGUUUUAAUCAGAGAUUGAUAUUCAUAAAAUGUAUAUAUGAUAAUAUAAAGAAAAAGAGUAGCUACUUGGCAAACAAAAUACAUUUUUGACUUCAAAACGGCUUUUAACCUUUAUAAUGAGUUAGGAUAAUGAAAACCAAAUUUGGCAUUAGCUGAGUUCAAUAAUUCCAGAGCUAUUUACUUAGUCAUGUAGAGCUUUUAGUUUGAACUGCAGUCAUUGCUUUGUUUCAGCUAAAUUGGAACAGAUGAACAUUGCAAAGCUGUUCAUCAUGCUGAUCGCAAAGUGGCUUUAGAGGAGUUUGGCCGCCGAUUCGAACACCAGUAACGAUGAUACUUACAUAUGUAGGAUCUUAAUUUGAGCCAAUUUACUACAGCAGGGAGAAGAAUCCUGCAGCAACAGAAAAUGUGAAUUAUUAUAUGGAUUAGAAUUAAUGGACAUUUUUUGUAGGGGCAAAUCAAGUCUGACAUUUUAAAGUGGAAAUAAACUUUAGAAUCCUUUUUAAACCUUGAAUACACUACAAGCAUAUACCGGCAAGCGGUACCGGAGCGCCAAGUCUAGGUCCAAAAGGCUUCUCAACAGCUUCUACCCCCAAGCCAUAAGACUCCUGAACAGCUAAUCAUGGCUACCCAGACUAUUUGCACGGCCCCCACACCCCCACCCCCCUCUUUUACGCUGCUGCUACUCUGUUUAUUAUUUAUGCAUAGUCACUUUAACUCUACCCACAUGUACAUAUUACCUUAAUUACCUCGACUAGCCGUUGCCCCCGCACAUUGACUCUGCGCCGGUACCCCCCUGUAUAUAGCCUCCCUACUGUUAUUUUAUUUUACUGCUGCUCUUUAGUUAUUUGCUUUGAUUUUUUUUACUUAACACUUUGAUUUUUUAAAUUAUUUUUAAAAAAUGCAUUGUUGGUUAAGGGCUUGUAAGUAAGCAUUUCACUGUAAUGUCUACACCUGUUGUAUUCGGCGCAUGUGGCAAAUACAAUUUGAUUUGAUUUGAUUUGAAGUUUACAUUUCCUGCUGUGCAGGAACAUUCUCAGCAACGAUUGAGAGUGAUCAAAUUAAGAUAGUACAUCUAUAAGUAGUAAAAUGUUUUAAUCCGCCAAUGUUUGCAAGUACUAGUCUGGAAGAUGCUCCAGUGUUAGUUUUCUCCCUUGGCGAAGUUAAAGAUGGUAUAAUCCAGUAGGACAAACAGUCUUCUCCUCAGCAGAAAAAACUAAAAAGGAUUAUGUUACUCUCAGCUCCUCCUAAUGGGAAGCCUGCUGAUUGAACAAUCAGCUGUUAGAAAUGUUAAACAUGAUUGUCCAUUUUAGUGCUUGACAGGCAUCAAUGUCAGGGAUUUCAGUUCCUCUGUCAAGAUGUUGGCUAACAGCUCCUCUGGGAUACAGAAAGAGAAAUAUUUACAUUUCCUCAACAGUUUUACUGUUUUGAUACUUUUCCUUCCGUAGUUCAGUCUUUUUGAAUAUCCCUGACAGGAAUAACAGAUGAAUAUUUGCAGAAAAUAAACCCUUGAAUAGAGGAAGAGACGGUUGAGUCUCAAAUCAAAGUUGCCCAUUGCCCCUAAUGUUUAAUGUUCUCAUGCCUUAGACUUUCAAUGGACCUGGUUUUUAACUAUUGACACAGUGAGAAUAUAUGUAGUUUUAAAGAUAUGCAUAUACCCCCUAUUGAUGAGACAAACAGUAGAAAUGAUGCAUCUAAAGGAAAAAAGAGCCACUGUUGGCUAGAUUAAUUACAAUCACUUCUAUUGGUACAGUAUAACAGACAGGAGCAGCUCUUCCAGAGACUAAUCUCUGUGCCAUACAGGGACAUACAGGGUGCUACUCUCAAUAUCUCCUCAUUUGGGUCCUGCUACUCUGUGUCCUUGUGUCUCACAAUCAUCUUAACAAGCUGACACUGAGCGAUCACGUCCAGUUAGGCUUGUUUCUCCUCGAUGUACCAAGUCUGUAAAUAGGGAACCACAUAAGACUUGUGUAGCUCAGUUGGUAGAGCAUGGCGUUUGCAACGCCAGGGUUGUGGGUUUGAUUCCCACGGGGGGGCAGUAUGAAAAAAUAAUGUAUGCACUCACUAACUGUAAGUCGCUCUGGAUAAGAACGUCUGCUAAAUGACUAAAAUGUAAAAAAUACUGACACUUCCUGUUUACAACCAUCUUGAUUAGAGGAUGAAUGGUAAUGAACUUGAGUUAAUGUGGUGGUAAUGGCCCUUAAAGACUCUCCUGUGUUUUGGUUUUCCCAGGUGAUAAAGGCAAUAGAGGAGGGGUACCGCCUCCCUGCUCCCAUGGACUGCCCUCCAGGCCUGCACCAGCUAAUGCUGGACUGCUGGCAGAAAGACAGGGCUGAUCGACCCAAAUUUGAUCAAGUAGUUGGCAUCCUUGAUAAGAUGAUUCGCAAUCCCAAUACCUUGAAAACCCCGGUGGGAACAUGCACGAGGUAAGGAAAGCUUGUCUCAUUAACCCUAUGACUGAGCACUACAAAGCUCCAAUGGAAUACAUUUAAUUAUCAGCUUCAGUUAUUAGAUUUGACCAUGUUAGCUACAGAUGUAGGAUCUUAAUUUGACCUACAGGUAACUACCAAAAUAAUGGAAACACUUGAGUAAAUGAGGUAUACAAAGUGUAUUGAAAGCAGGUGCUUCCACACAUGUGUGAUUCCUGAGUUAAUUAAGCUAUUAUAAAAAAUGCUGGGCAGGCCAUUAUUUUGGCUACUAUGGCUAGGAUGAAAAUGCCCCCAUCCACAGGGCAUGAGUGGUCACUGAAUGGUUUGAUGAGCAGGAAAAUUAUGUAAACCAUAUUCUAUGGCUGUCUCAGUCACCAGAUCUCAACCCAAUUGAACACUUAUGGGAGAUUCUGGAGCGGCGCCUGAGACAGGGUUUUCCACCACCAUCAACAAAACACCAAAUUAUAGAAUUUCUCGUGGAAGAAUGGUGUCACAUCCCUCCAUUAGAGUUCCAGACACUUGUAGAAUAUAUGCCAAGGUGCAUUGAAGCUGUUCCAAUGCCCUAUUAAGAUCACUUCUGUUGGUGUUUCCUUUAUUUUUGGCAGUUACCUGUAUAUUGUCACAGCAAAAUAAUCCUGCAGCAACAGGAUUUGAACAUUUAGUUAAUAAUAUUGCUUGAUCAGUGCUUAGGCUAUUAGCCAGCUAAAAGUAGGCUACAUGUAAAGUGCUAUACUGUUAAUAUAACCGUGUGUUAGUGUGGGUUUUCAGUGAAUUUAUGUCAAUCACGAAGCUCAUCUGCAUUUCCUGUGGUGCAUUCUCAGCAACAAAAGAGUGAUCAAAUUAAGAUCCUACAUCUGUAUAAGACUCUGGAAGUAUGUAUUGUUUCUUCAUAUUUAAUUCCUAUGGAGCUACAUUAGUGGACAAUUCAGAGCAUCCAGUGGUUGAUUUAUCCACAGGAGUUCACAGAUGAAAGAUAAAUCCCUGAGAAUCAAUAAGCCAAAGCAGCUUCCAUGGCUUUAUGGUCAAUAGCAGGGCUUUUAAAUCAAUCCCUGUAAUGAGUUCCUGGGACUUUCAAGUGCUUUGGGAACUCUGGACCCCACUGUGACAUUUGUCAAAUUAAUUAUAUUUACAGUCGGAACACAAUCUCCCUGGGUGAGAUUGAGAACGUAACCCCCCAAAAAAUGUAAAAAACGCUUCCGUUUCUGGGAGCCAUUUGUGGGGGUUUGAAGCAAAAAAUGCCAAUCCAACUGAUGUUGAGUUUUUUUUAAAUAGUUAUUUAGCACACAUAUUUGCCCGAAAAAGAGGAUCAGAUGGCGUAGUCACUUUUGAAUUUGAUAUUGAAGUGUAAAAAAUGUGUUAAUUUAUUUUUCACUUGCAAUUUACUGCACCCCGGGAUGUCUUUGGCUGUCUUUGUGUUUUGUUCCCAGCUGAAUUUGUAUUUGCUGUGGGAAUGUUUUUGCAUGAGACGUUAAUGUUUUUGUCUUGCUCAUCCCACAGACCGAUUAGUCCCCUGUUAGAUCAGAGCACACCAGACUUCACUACGUUCCACUCGGUGGGGGAGUGGCUGGAGGCCAUCAAGAUGGAGCGAUACAGAGACAACUUCACCGCCGCUGGCUACAGCUCACUGGAAUCUGUGGCAAGGAUGUCAAUCGAGUAAGGAACCUGAACAUUAAAACACUUGUGGAGGUCAAAGCCACCAUAGCCAUUUCUGGAGAGUUGUCUUAUAAUUAUUUUCUCAUUCAAUAUCCUUGGACAUGCCAGAACUGAAUUUAAAUUUCAUCAUUGUGAUUCAUGAACAAGCCUGUCGAGUUUUACAUUUUAUUUUUUUAAUCCUCCAUUUCUCCUUUAAUGAAAUACCUGGUGCUAUAAAUCAUGAGAUGUUUUGAGCCUCUCUGUGGUCCAGUGCUGUGAUUUAUGAUUGGUUGUCUUGUCUUGCAGGGAUGUGAUGAGCUUGGGGAUCACUUUAGUGGGCCAUCAGAAGAAGAUCAUGAGCAACAUACAGACUAUGAGAGCCCAGAUGCUGCAUCUCCACGGCACGGGCAUCCAGGUGUGAUGACAGACUACAGUGCCCCCUGUGGACAGGGGGGCAAAGAGCUAUCUAGAGCAGCGCUAGGGCAGAACUUCCCAGGAUAAUCAUAAAAAAUCAUGUGACGUGACGCUGUCUCCUGUGUCUGACUCUUUUUUUUCCGGAUGUUUUGGAAUAAAAUCAUUCCUUUGUUCCUCGGCGAAGGAUUUAACCCCUCUUUAGAACGGGUACUAAGGAGAGAAUGAGAGAAUACUCCCUGGACAUGAUGCCACUCUGAGAAACUCUCAACCACAAAUAGAGAUGGAGCUUUGGAGAAGGAGUUUGAUGCGUAUUACCUUGUUCUUUAAAAAAAACAUUUUCCCCUUGCGGUGGUUUUUCAGUAUUUUUUCUUCUAGUUUGUUAAUUUUGUUAGUUUCAGAAUGCACAGUGAUAUGGUGUGAAACGUACAGUAAUCUUACAUUUUUCUUUCCCGUUACAAUUAUUUUCUUCCUUUUUUUAUUUUGGACUUGACAAGAGGGUCAACAUUCCCAUCCAAAAGGACAGAGUGAAUAUGGUGUCUGAACAUUUUGGUGGAGAUGAUUUAGAGGUUCUUUGACCAGUUUGUCUUGAGACACUCCAGGCUGUUUUAACUGUUUGCAGUGAGUUGUGUUUUUUUUCUCCCUGAUGUUUUUGAAGUGAAAAUGGUAUCCUGCACCUCAGAUCAGUGACGUCAGCGAUAGUAGUAUUCACUUGGUUGUUUCAAGCUUGCAGGAGUGGCUUGCUGUAUGCAUUUCUCUGAACACAGAUGCUCUCGUUGUAUGAUGAAAACAUUUCAAAUUUGUAUGUAGGAAUUGCGAAACAGUAUGACACCAACAAGGCAAAUCGAUUUCAGAUUGAUCACAACUUUUAUAUCUAAUAUCAAGCAUCAAAGUGGCAAUAUUUAUGUUUACCACAUGAAUCAUUUUACCUUAUUGUCCAAUAUGCUUUCAAUCUGAAAUGUUUUGUUGUUUAAUUAUUUAAUUGAACGUUUCCACAGAUAGCACUAUAGAAAGGUUGUAUUGUAACUUAAAGAGAUUACUUGAUCCACCGCAAAGGGUUUGAAAUGCCUAAACAAAAAUAUGUUGUGUUGCAGCAAAUGGUAUUUGUUUCAUAUUUCGGUGAAUACAGUUGUGAAGGGUGAAUCUAUGAAAGGCUGUGUAUGUUCUUUGCCUUAAAACUGCCUUAAAACUAAUGUAUUCCCAUUCUUUUUAGGCACUUCUAUGGCAUUUUUUUUUGUGAUUCAAUGAGACAGAAGUCUUAUGUAGGGUUGAAUGGACAAGUUCCCUAUUUUCUUUGUGGUAUCCUGUCAUCCUGAACAUGAAUCAAAUUUAGUGCAUGCACACUUACAUAUGUUGAGUGAUGAUUAACACAAUCAGUGUAGAGUAGAAGAUUGAACAGAGCAAUAAUUAGCCCAGGUAGAAAUGGUCCUUCUCUGAGAUUUUAAGGUGCUAGGUUUUACAGAAAUAUCAGUUGUGCUGGGAAAACGCUUUGGAAAAAUUCUGUCACCAAUAGUAAAAUGGAAUAUGUAUUGACCUUUUUCCAGUUGAAGAUUACCUGGAGUAUAGGCUGGGAGGAUAGAUUGGUACAGUAUACUGGAAUACCGAGUUAUCAAAAUAAUGAAAUAGUAAUGCCACUUACGAAAUGGUAUACCGUGACAUGCUAAUGACUUCAUAACAAUGUCACAGAGUAUGAGUAUGUUGAGAAUAUAUGGCUGUUACAGUGGGGUGAAAUGACAUUCAACCAGCAGAGAGUUGCACUUAUUAGUCAUGACAUCAUCCUUUCCAUUGCAGCACACUGAAUUUGCAGGCCUUCGAUUCGGUGCGAGGUACCUACAGUAACUAAUAAUAUCAUAAUAUAGUGAAAAUCCUGAUACUCCUUAUUAUGAUGCUCAUACUGUGAAAAUCACACACCGUCCCAGCCCUGGCUGGUCAGGAGAGCUAGUCACAUGUCUAUACUUUAAAUGACAAAGAAAUGAGUGAACCAACCAUUCAUCAGAGAAUACAAAGCUGAAGAAAUAUUCAACAUGAUAACAUUCAUUUUGUUGUAGAAAGAGAAGACUGAUGGCACCAUUAGGUUGUCUUUUUAGCACAUAUUUGCAGAGCCCAUUCCUCAUCUCUGUGCCCUUCCAGGCAAACAGGGUGAUGUAACAUGCAUAAAAGUGUUUAUAUGCUUAUUUCCUUAACUUCCCUGCCCCUUUGUAUGUUAAUCAGGGCACAGAGAUGAGGAAUGAGCUCUGCAAAGAUGUGCUAAAAAGACUACCUAAUGGUGCCAUCACAGUAUUCUCUUUCUACAACAAAAUGAAUGUUAUCAUGUUGAA